AUGGAAGCAGCCAACCUCUCCGCGGCGACUGGUGUCGCCCUCACCCUGGGGCCACCGGCGAGUGGCGACGCCCCAAUUCUGGGUGGGAGCCUCCCCGAGUCCACCCUGCCCAGCCCCCAGCCGGCACCCUGGUCUGUCUUCACCGUGCUGGUGGCAACCCUGCUGGUGCUGCUGAUCGCGGCCACCUUGUCGUGGAACCUGCUGGUUCUGGUUACCAUCGUCCGGGUCCGAGCCUUUCAUCGGGUGCCGCAUAACUUGGUGGCCUCGACGGCCGUGUCGGACGCACUAGUGGCCGCGCUGGUAAUGCCGCUGAGCCUGGUGAGCGAGCUGUCUGCCGGGCGGCGCUGGCGGCUGGGCCGGGGGCUGUGCCAGCUGUGGGUGUCCCUCGACGUGCUGUGCUGCACUGCCAGCAUCUGGAACGUGGCGGCCAUCGCGCUGGACCGCUACUGGAGCAUCACCCGUCACCUGCGCUCGCCGCCCCGCGCUCGCCGCCGCGCCUCGGCGCUGCUCCUGGCGCUCACCUGGGUGCUGGCCACGUUUAUCGCCCUGGCACCGCUGCCCUUCGGCUGGGGCCAGGCGUACGACGCGCGGCGCCAAAGCUGCCAGGUGAGCCGCGACCCCGCCUACGCCGUCCUCUCCACCUGUGGGGCCUUCUACCUGCCGCUCGGCGUGCUGCUCUUUGUCUACUGGAAGAUCUACAAGGCGGCCCGGCUCCGCUUCGGCCGCAGCCGCGGGGCUGUACUGCCCCUGCCCGCCGCCAAGCAGGUGAAGGUGACACCUCACACACCUGAAAUGGUGUUCAUGACCCGUCUCUCCACUGUGGCCUUUCGGGCGAGUGAAGAGUCAUGGCGGGAGCAGAAGGAGAAGCGAGCAGCUGUGAUGGUGGGCGUCCUCAUUGGCGUGUUUGCGCUGUGUUGGAUCCCCUUCUUCCUGACGGAGCUCAUCAGCCCCCUCUGUGCCUGCAGCCUGCCCCCUAUCUGGAAGAGCGUCUUCCUGUGGCUUGGAUACUCCAACUCUUUCUUCAACCCCUUGAUUUACACAGCGUUUAACAAGAACUACAACAAUGCUUUCAAGAGCCUCUUUACCAAACAGAGAUAAUCACCAUGGGUUGUGGAGACACGUGGGGAGAAAAUAGCGCUGCCUGUCAUUCAUAGUCUGGGAGGUUCUUCCCCAUAGCGGAGGGCUGGUGACAUUGAAGAGCCUUGUUGAUGAGACCACAAUGUAGAAGUGGCAAUCCACUCCCCCACCACCAAAAAAAAGGGAGGCAGAUGUGCACGUGUGCACUACACUUUCUUUCUACUAUUUUUUUCUUAUUUUAUUUAUCUCCAAGGUUAUUGCUGGGACUCGGUGUCUGCACCACAAAUCCACUGCUCCUAGAAGCUAUUUUUCCCCCUUUGUUGCCCUUGUUAUUAUUGUUGUUGUUGCUAUUGUCAUUGUUGGAUAGGACAAAGAGAAAUGGAGAGAGGAGGGGAAG